CCCAAACUGAGUGAAAUCACACCAAACUUUAUUCUGAGUCGCAUUCGCGUUGUCGUCAGAGUUGAGGAAUGGAGAAGAGCAGAGUCCUCGUCGUCGGCGGCACCGGCUUCGUCGGCCGGAGGAUGGUGAGGGCGAGCCUGGCGGAGGGCCACCCGACCUUCGUCCUGACGCGGCCCGAGCUCGGCCUCGCCGUCGACAAGGUCCAGAUGCUGCUCUCCUUCAAGGCGCAGGGCGCGCGGCUCCUCGAGGCGUCGCUCGACGACCACCGGAGCCUCGUCGCCGCCGUGCGGCAGGUGGACGUCGUCGUCUCUGCCAUGUCCGGCUACGACCUCCUGCAACAGCUCAAGCUCGUGGAGGCCAUCAAAGAAGCCGGUAACAUCAAGCGGUUCAUACCGUCAGAGUUUGGAAUGGACCCAGCGAUGAUGGGGCAUGCUAUUGAACCAGGAAGGAUCACAUUUGACCAAAAGAUGGUAAUAAGAAGGGCAAUCGAAGAUGCAAAUAUUCCACACACAUAUGUUUCUGCGAAUUCGUUUGCUUGUUUCUUUGUGGGUAACCUCGGUCAAAUGCGUACUCUUGUUCCACCUAAAGAGAAAGUUCUCAUAUAUGGUGAUGGAAACACCAAAGCGAUAUUUAUAGAUGAAGAUGAUGCAGGAACAUAUACAAUCAAAUCUAUUGAUGACCCUCGAACCUUGAACAGGACAUUAUACAUAAGACCAAAGGAAAACAUUCUUACUCAAAAGGAGGUGAUUGCUAAAUGGGAAAAUCUAUCAGGAAAAGUUCUCGAGAAAAUCCCAAUUACUGGUGAAGAAUUCUUGGCUUCAGGAGAAGGAACCGAUUACAUUAAUCAAGUAGGAGUGGGACAUUUCUACCACAUUUAUUACGAGGGUUGCUUGACAAACUUUGAAAUUGGGGAGAAUGGAGCAGAAGCAACUCUACUAUACCCAGAGGUUGAGUACACCCGCAUGGAUGAAUACCUGAAGCGUUACUUGUAAGCCUCACCACAUGGCCACAACCUCAAAAGAGUUCCUCACAUAUGUAUCUUAUCAUAACAAAGAAGCAGCACAUGCACCUGACUCUAUGUAUGCGCAUGCGUGCGCAUGCGUGUUUAUUUUACAAGAUUUGUAGCUUGAAUAAACAAAUGUGCUUAUGGCUAUCACCCACAAAGCUUAUUAUGAGCUUGUAAAACCUGAUUGUGGAUGGGCUUCGCACAGUCGUAUAUCUGAGACAGAAGUGCUAAGGAAAAUAAACAGGAGCCAAAAGAAAGUUGAUACUCAAGAAUUGUGAGUGUAAGAAGCAAAGAAAGUAGGGAAUCGGUUGUUAAGGCAUGAACAAGUGGCAAUGCCACAAAUAGUUUAUCUAUUCUUGUUCAAUGAGAUUUGGGCUCAACUAAAGAAACAAAAACUAAAAAAU